AUGGCUCCCAGUGCUUGCACUGCCGGUAACCCGGUUCCAGAUUCAGCUGUCACAUCACCGCAUGCUAGCCAUGGAGAGAGUGCUGGAGAAAGCGGAGCGGUAGUGGGCAAAAAUGCGUGCUCAGGCUCCAUACCACUUCAUACUCCACCGUCCCGGAGCGAGACAUCGCAAACACGGUCCACUCGGUCCACCUCGACGACUUCCCGGAAUUCAAAUCGACUAUCAUUAACAUUACCAAUUGCACCACCUAAUAGUUUUCCUUCUAGACCUACGCCGACUUCCUCAAUGCCACCAACCCCGAUUGAAACCCCUUCACUCAAAUCUCCCGAUACAAACGAAUAUAUUUCCGCCAUCGCCGCUCAAGAACGUCGUGUUUUGGAGAUUCGCGAAGAGUUGGCGCGGGCCGAGCAUGAGUUGAGAAAAUUGAGGAAGAUGUGGAUGUCCUCUGCUAGUUACAAGGAAGUAGCUAGUAGAAAGGUUGACCCUCUUCGUGCUAUGGCUGCUACGUUAGAGAGCCAAUGGGCCCUUGACGAGAGUUCGGCUGUUAAACCACCCAGCGAAUUAGAACGCAGGAAAGCCAUACUUCUUGCACAGAGUCAAAGAGCUCCCCGAGAGCACAAGAGAACGGUCAUACGUGGCGGUCAUGCACGUACUCUAUCCUUGCUUUCGCCAACGAUGCCUACAACUGGAGACGCUGAUGGGCUUCGAUCAGCUGACUUGUACUCCAAGGUAUCGCAGUCGCCAAUGCCUUCCCCUGCACCUCUCAACAAGCGUGCAACUUGGGCUCCUCGUCAAAGUCAGCCAUCAAAUAACAUGCAACUUAUUGCCAAUGAACUGAAGCAGGGUCUCUGGACGUUCGUUGAAGAUUUGAGACAAGCCACGGUUGGGGAUGAAGCGAUUUCCGGGACCACUAAUAGGACUACUGAAAUAGUAUCACGUCUAGGAAGAAUGGAGGACGACCAGGAUACAAUUCGCGCAUCUGCCUCAAAUCGUGGCCGAAUACCAACCCAAGAUGAAUCAGAUCCAGCAGAGACACCAGGUAGGGCAUCGACUGGGAGUUUCAGCGAUCGUUAUCAGCAUCGACGCACCACUUCGAAACCAGAGCCUAAGACCAAGAAACGCUUCUCCUGGACACCACUCACAUUUGACAGCUUCGACGACGAUGACUGGUCAAAUUGGGAAAGCCCAAACGUGAAGACGGCUCGAUGGAGUGGCAGCACAGUCAACGGGGAUAUAAUUACGGCUAUUCCGGAGAGGACACACGAAAGUGAGGGAACAUUAAGACGCAAGCAAUCGCGAAGCGAACUCCGCUCACCGUCUCCACCGUCCCCCAGCCCACAAGCCAUCCUCAACCGCCUGACGCCCAGCAAUAUCAUAAAGGAGUGGGAAAAGAGCCUCUCCUCGCCCGAAGAGCCGCCAAGCCUCAUUUAA